CACGAUCGCAGUUGCAAUUGGUCACAAUCACUUACCGACUGCUGUUUAACACGCCGUUAACCCAACAAAAAAAACAUGCAUGUUGCCUCCAAAAUCCAAAAUUUUUCAGGCAUCGGCAAGAAUUUAACCGCCAUCCUCUUUUUGCUCUGCUCCCCUCUCUCUCGUUUUCUGUUUUCACUUUCUCUGUUCUCCGUUUAUAUUUUGAUGCGCAUCUGCUAUUUGGCAAUGGAUUUGGUGAAUAAUCUCUUCCCAAUUUCUCGUGACCAGAGAGGAAGCUCAUCCGCUUCAAUCCCUUCCAAUUCUCAUGCGCCAUAACCCUCCAUUUCAUCUUCUCUCGGAAGAGUUCUCAUUCUCUCGUAUUUGUUCAAGAAUCUUCAUAUUCUCUCUUGCUCCCUCAGGUAUCUCUCUCUUCAUCAGGUUUCUUGCUCUAUAUGCAUAAUUAUGGGUGAAAAUUGUAAUCUUCCUUUCAAAAAUGGCCAGCAAAUAGAGUCAAAAUCGUUUGCUCAAGGUUAUCGUGGUGCAUGGUUCCGAUGCACGAUUGAGGGCAUGAGCUUCCGUAAAAAUCAGUGUGGUUUUUCUUUGGAGUUUUUUGACUUUCCGGAUGAGAAAAUUAGAUGGACCAAAUUGUACCAGGAUCCCUCAAUAGGUAAGGGUAAUCGGGAUCAAAGAAAAUUGCAUCUGAUGGUACGACCACGCUUCCCAUGUUUCAAUAGGGAAAGUGAAAGAAUGGAAGAAAACAUUGUAACUGAAGUGGUGGCUAUCAUUCGUGAUACUUGGAAAGUUGGUGAUUUGGUUGACUGGUGGUUUGAUGACUGUUACUGGUCUGGAGCAAUAUCUCUUCUUCUUGAGCAGGAUAAGGUUCAGGUAUCUUUACUUGAACCUCCUUUUGGCGAAGGUGGCAUCUAUGAGGCUUCUGCAAAGGACUUGAGGCCAUCAUUAGAUUGGUCUCCUGAAGAUGGUUGGACGGUGCCUUUACCUAAGGAUGAUGUGUCUUAUCAAUCCUGUGUCCUUUCAUUAUCACCACCAUCACAAAGGAACGAUCCAGAUCAUUUGCAUAGUGAAGUUGGUCAAGUCCAUGAUAGGAGAGAAGAUUUGUCAUCGCAUGGGGAUGGUCUGGUUUCAGUAUCAUCCAAGGAGUUCAUUUCUCUUCCCAUUGCACCUGAAAAUGCUUCUAAACCUGAUGAGAUACUGAAACAAACUCUGGACCAUCCAUCGGGAGUAAGAAUCAGGAAUUCAAACGCGAAGGAUAUGCUUUCAGCUUUAGAUUAUGGAGAAGCAAUGGCAGAUGAGAAGUCUCGAUCUACGAGAGACCGAUAUAAUGUAAGAGGUCCUUCGAAGAGGUUGAAAACUUGUGAAGAUGAAUACCAAAGUCCAGUCCUGAUGACCAAUACCAUAGAGUCAUCUGUAAUGGCUUUAGAGAAACUCAUCAACAAGAUUAACAGGCUCCAGGAUGUCCUACAAUUUGGCCCUCAUGGUUCAAUGAAACCUGUUUGGAGGUUCACUGAGAACAAUGAGUCUACCAGACAAAAGUAAAUGCUAUGCAAAGUGCAGUAUGAUUUCAAACCCCUAGGUAUUUGGGGCCUGGGAAUAUGUAUUUUGCGUAUUUGGGCCAAUUUUGUACCCCUCACUAAAAAGGGAAAAUGACCUCCACCCUCUCCUUGAAAUUUACAUCCCUAUUAACCCUUUGGGUUCACGAAAA